AUGUUUCUCUUCUUCGUUGAAUCUCGACCAAAACCAAACAAUAUGAAGCCUACCGCAUUAUUUUCAUCCUUCUUUUUCCUUCUUUUUGCCUUCACCACUACCACGGCGGAGGUGCUGAUCGACACUGAUGGUGACAUUGUGAGAAAUGGUUGGAGAUACUACUUAAACCCUAAUUCUCAUGUUAGAGGAAGUGGGAUUAUAUUUUCUCCCAUUAUGCAUGCACAUUCAUGCACACUCGCUGUGGUUGAUGAUCCCUUCAAUGGAGGACGAGAGACAACCAUAUCAUCUCCAUUAAGAAUCGCUUUCCUCACCACAAACAUUCCCUUAAACUUAUCGUUCGCUGAUUUACCACCCAACAACUGUGCCGAUCAAUCCAAGUGGGUUGUCACGAGGCCGUCCCUUCCCACCGGAAAGCCUGUGAUAGUCGGUAGUGCUGAAGAAUUUGGUGAUGCCUUUGUUCAUGGUUGGUUCUUUAUCAAGAGGUAUAAGCUUAUUGUUUCGGAAAGGCAUUACUAUAAGCUUGUCUUCUGCGAGGAAGAAAACGCUUGUAAAGAUGUCGGGGUCCACGUCGACAAACAGAACCAGCGUCGUUUGGUUGUCACUGACAACGAGCCACUGGUUUUUACCAUUCGCAAAGAAUGGAGGAGAAGCUCCACCUCCGAUCUGUUUAUGGUGGUGUGA